AUGGUUUCCCUUAGAAAGUUGGCGAGUGCCAGGGCCCCCCUUAAGAGGCUCCGGGCGUGUCCUGCACAUCCCUUAGGAUGGUUUUCCCUUAGGAAGUUGGCGAGUGCCAGGGCCCCCCUUAAGAGGCUCCGGGCGUGUCCUGCACAUCCCUUAGGAUGGUUUCCCUUAGGAAGUUGGCGAGUGCCAGGGCCCCCCUUAAGAGGCUCCGGGCGUGUGCUGCACAUCCCUUAG